UCAUUAAGAUAUAAAAUAUACGGGAGUGAUGACUAUUCCGACGGAAAGAGCAGCAGCUCGAGGCAGGGCUAUCAUCCCAACGUUCCCUGCAACGAGACAGCAAUCCGUUGUCACAAUCUUUCCAACGCCGCAAUUACUACUCGAUGCACUUCAUAUUAGGAACAGUACACCAUUAAGCUCCAUCGCAGUUCACGGGCAUCACACCUCCAAAACCAAUAUACCCGCCAAAGAACUCUUAAAGUGUCUCUUUCUUCCUAAGAUUUGUUUACCCAACGAAAAGAAAGAGGAAAAAUAUUGAGCAGUGGAAUGGAAUAUGGCGUGGGAGAGCCACUGUGCAGACACAAACACUUAUUUCGUUCCCGCCCGAGACAGACGAUUACGCAGUGCAUUAUCGGAAACGCCUGGCUUGUCGCCCGCUGAGGUUGAAGAGUACCUCGGAAACGACUUACAAUUGUCUACUUUAUUUCGAGAUUGCAAAUUUUGUCAGCUCGAAUGGCUAGAUCCGGCAAAGCCAACCGUACAGUCGCCAUCUCAGGACCCAAACCUCCAUCGUCAUCAUCAUCAUCACCAUCAACUCGGUCGCACGGUCGAGUAUCGUUCUUUCUUAGUCAAGAUUCACACCACACCAAGCGCAAAAGGCAGAUGUCCGCGUUAUAUACCCGGAGUCAUUGGUGUAUCCUUCGCAACGGAUUCGCAAUAUAACGUAAUCAAAUCGUAUGAUACGGGGUUUGGGGUCACUGCUUUGAGAGGCCACUUGGAAGCGGCUCGCAUCGCCCUGGAGACAAUAUUGUCCCGUAUAAUCCCAGACCGUCGGGUUGAAUUGAUGAGACAGGACAACUUCCUGAAAAAUCAUCCGGGCAUGAAUGAUUGGCAUCCCGAUUUUCGUGUUAUCAUAGCAACUGAGAGCUCGGCCCUCAUCAAUCUCAUAACUUAUAAUCAGAAAUUGACAUGGUUGAGCUUUGGUACUAAUCCAGGGAAUGAGUCGCAGUACACUUUCGUCAGAGGGACGGCGGUUAUGCACACCUGCAAUUACCCGCAAGUCAUAAAUCUGCUCUUUGACCUAGGGCAGUUGGGUGUCGGCGUCAAAUGGUGGCUCUGGACUGUCCGAGACAAUGCAGCUCGUGAUAUGUGUGAUCAGCAGCUAGCGGGUGCGGGCCUGGCUAACUAGAGGGAAACUCCUGUAGGCUUUUGUAGGUAAUAUUAUGUGAUUAUCGUGUAGACGGCACCAUCUCCCGAGAGUGGGAUAUCCUUCUCUCUCAUGAGCAUGUGUGGGCACUAAGUAUGAAUAUGUACCUA